AUGGAUUCUCCAUAAAAUCUGAAGCUUUCUUUUAGUCCAUUUUCAACUUCAUUAAACUGUAGCUACUGCAACGCUGGCUUUGACCUUGUAAACAAUACUCCUUAUAAACUAGGUUGUGGACAUACAGUUUGCAAAACCUGUUUAAGAACAUGCCACAAAGACAAGAAGGAUUUUAAAUGCAAGCAUGAUUAGAUUGUGACAACAGUAGCUUAAUUAAGAACAUUGUAAAAAAAUGUAGAAGUAAUCAACAAACUCAAGGAGAAAAAGAGUGGUAAUAGCCCUUAAACAGCAAACAUGUUUCCACUCAAAGUUCGAAAAGAAACAUAGAAAUUAUAACAAUUACGAUCUCAAGAAUAAAACGAGUUAAGGCAGGAUUCUUCUAAUUCCCAAUCCUUUGCUAAGUAAAUAGAAGCAUUUUAAGAUUCAAUUCAGCCAAUGUCUUAAUUAAAAAUGGACUUUCAGCCUUAGAAAUCAUCAUCAUCCUCUAAUCAUUAGAUUGAAGAGGAGAAAGUAUAAACCAAUACCUAAGAAACUUAUCUUGAUAAUGAGUAAAUGAGAUCAUAAUCUCCUUUGCCAUCAAGUUUGCAUAACACUUACAAAACUGGCAUCAAAAUAUAAAACCAACUAAUUGAAGAGGUAGUUGAAGAGGAAUCGUCCAUCAAUAAUAGGACAAAUGUUGAAAGCUUAAGAUAGUCUCAGAUUAGAAAUGAAAUCAAUGGAAAUACUAGAUCAGUAAUGUCCAUAAAUGAAAAUGGCCACUCUCCAAGUGCAAAUAAUUUUCAAUUGCAUGAUUUAGGUACAAUUAGUGAAGCUGAACUUUAGCAAGAAAAGUUAUAAUCAAAGAGAGGAUCUGCGAGAGUAUCAGCUAGGCUAUCUGCAAGAGGAACCCCCAAAAUUUCAUCUCGUUAGCACUAAUAAGAGGAUGAUGUAAAUAGACAUAGUUAGUUAUCAACAAGGAAUCAAAAUCUAAUUGAUAAAAUGGAAUAAAGUAAUGCUAAUGUCUAAAACUAUUCUAAAAAUUUGGGGACAGAUAAUCAGUCUCGUUUGUUUACAAUAGAAGUAGAGCAUGUAUCUGAAAGAAUUCAUGAAGAUUAACAAUAAUAAUAAAUGUUUAACUUAAAUCCACUAUUUGAAUUUCCAGUAAUUCAUGGCUCAAGUUAAAAUGAAAUGGAUUAGUUAAGGUAGGACAGUAUUUAUACAGAGACAGUUCAAAAUGUGGGAUCGAACGAAAAUGACUAAGUAUUGUAUUAGAAUAGUUUAGGAAAUACGACAAUUCAGUCAAAUACUGAGAUUUUUAGAUUUCAUUCUAAUUUAACUUAAAACAGACAAGACCUUCCUUCUAAUUAAGAUAUGACCAGGAACUUAAAUGCCUCUAAAUCCCAAUCAAAUAGUAAUUUGGUGUCCCUAAAUCCCUAAAAUGAUAAUAUUUCUUAAGUGUCUCCAAGGUCAGCCAAUGUCUAACAAAAGACUGCAUAGAAUGAAGGACAGAAUUUGACACCUGGAGAUUUAACUAGGAAUAUAACCCCAAACCCUGUUCAUAACCAUUAAAUAUUUGAAGUUCACAAUUAAAAUACUCAUAUAAACAAUGAAGCACACUAGCAUACAUUUUAAGAAAAUAAUCAGCAAAAUAAUAAUUAGGAAUAAAGUCAAAUAGAAAUCUAGAAUCCAAUUAAUCCAAUAGAAUAAAAAAUUGGCUCUGAGCAUGAUGGAUAAUACAGAGAAUCUAUACAGGAAAGCUAAACAUAAAUAAAUUCUGCUAAUAUAUAGCCUUAAUAUGUAGACGAUCAAUCUAAAUUAGUUAAAGGAAAGAAAAAAGGUAAAAAGAAGAAAAAGAAGAGAGGGGUAAAUAUGACAAGUAUGGUAGAAGAAUCUUAUUUUGACUACACAAUCAACUAAGAUGAUAUAGAGGGAGAUAUUCAAACAAACAAAAGUCAAAAGAGUAUGAGAAGUUUAAAGAAUUUAGUCAAUCAAAAUAAUGAAGGUUCAUACUCACAGAGUUUAGCUUAAUCAAAAUCACAGUAUUAGUUGAAUUCUAACAAUUAUAUAAACCAAGAUAUUGAUCAUUAUCUAGCCUAAGAACUUUAAACUAUCCCAGACUAAUUUGAAGAAUAUACAGUUGAUCAAGACCGUUAAAUGUACAAUGAUGAGUAAAUGACAGAAUUUUAAAACGAGCAAAUCUAGCAAUAGAUAGUAGACAUUCCUGAGAAUUUUUAACCACAACUUGAGGCUAACUAUGAAUACAGACCGAGUUUAUAGAGUUACGAGGAGUUAAGUCAAAAGAGGAACGAGGAUUUGUAUUAACUAUAAGAAUAACUUAGAGAUUUGGAGCAGAUUGACAGGCCUGCUAUUCAAAAUUCGAAGUAUGUUCCACCACACUUGAAACAUAAAUAACUAAGAGGAUCAAAUACUAGCAUGAAUGAAAUGAAUCCAUUGAAUCAUCAUGAGAAUGUACAGCAACCAAAAGGUCCAUAGAUGAGCACAUAGUUUAACUCGAGAAUUGAAUCAGCUAAUUCAUAUGGAGAAUAUAGAGACUUAGGAUUAGAAUCAAGUAGUCCAACUUUGAUGAAUCUUAAUCAGAGAGGUAAAAGUUACCAAAUACCAUAGUAGCAUAGAAUUUAAGAUGGGAUUCCACCAUUCAAUAAAAGCAUGGGUGGAUAGUAUAAAUUUCAAGCUUUUAGUCAAAAUAGGAGUUAAGGAUAACUUCCAGAUAUUAGAAAGCAAAUUAUCCCAAACUAAAGUGGCAUUAUCCAAAAUUAGAAACAAAUAAUAUAAAGUCAUUAAAAACUUGUUUAGGAAGAAGAAUUCAAGCAUGAUAUAUCUUCUGAAAUACCAAUGAGCUCUAAGAAGUCAGAUGGUGCAUUGAAUCGGCUUAUGAAUCAUAAUUUUGGAAAUGUAGAAAAGUCGACUUAUUAUCCAAAUGAUAUUCUUAACUAGACAGAGAUAAGACCACCAAACUAAUAUUUCCAUGAAACUCCUCCUUAUAUCCCUUCGUAAAUGAAGACAUAAAAUACUGAUACAUAUGACUAUCAAAAGAAUACUGUCAAUUAAUUUGAGAGUAUAAAUGAAAACUUUGUCUCAUCUCCAGGUUCUAGAGCUAGUAGUAAAGGUUCCAUUAGAAAUUAAUAAAAUUUAAACCAUUCCCAAGUAAAUGAGUAGAAUUAACUACCAACUCAAUCAGCACAGAUACUGCCAUUAUAAGAAUAAUGCAAGCAUCAUCCAAGAGAAAUGAUUAAAUACUUCUGUAGAGAUAUUGGCUGUCUCAAGGGUCUCUGUCCUGAUUGUAUAAUCGAGCAUUCUAAACAUGAUUUCUUAGCAGCAAAUGAAUUAGCCUCAUUCGAAAUAAAAUAAGUAGUCAAGCAAGCUUAGAGAAAAUGCAAAAAUUAAGUAAGGUUGCAAAAGGAGUUUAAAACUUAAACAGAGCAGAAACUUUCUUAACUUAACAGAUAAAGAACAGACGAAUUCCAUAGACUUCAUUGCUACUUCAAUGAACUACAUAAGGAAUUAAAUGAAAGAGAGACUCAGUUAAAUCAACUAUUCAAUGAGGAGAUCAGAGAUAUAGAGAGUUAACUGAUGCAAGAUAUGCAGAAUAUAUAACAAAUUUACUCAGAAAAUGUAAAGCUUUUUAAAAGACUCAGGCAACUUUACGAUUAGCAAUAAAUUUCUACUGAACCUGCUGUGGUAGGAAAUGCUGAUGUAGCUUACUAUCUCUCUAAUAUAGUAAAUCAAAAGGAAUAGUAAACAACAGCGAAGAAAUUUUAUGUCUAGCUAGAAGAGGGCAAGCAAGAUUUGAUAACUCCAUCAUUUUAAUUAGAUCUAAACAUUGAAAAAGAUAAGAUAAGAAGUAUUGCGAGGCUGAUUUCAUCUAACUUGGAGGAUGGCCAAUUUUAAUUGAACAUUUAGUAAAAUUUGGUAGUAACUCAUUCCAAAAGACCCUCUGCUACUUUCCCAAUUCAACCUGCAGAAGAAUAAUCUAGAGCUAUGUCAGAUAAUCUUAGAUAAUCUACCAACAAUCAGUCAUUUUCAGCUAAUAAUACCAGGAAAUCAAUUGGAUAAAGAAUAACAAGGGAAAUAGGAGUAUAGACAAUGGAUCCUUCUACCAAUCCCUCAGAUUCCUCUAGAUUUAAGUCAAUCAAUUAGGUUGCAUUAUUGCCAUAGCAAUCUAAUAAUGCUAAUCUAGGUGAGAUUGUUAGCACUAAUAGCAAGAAUAUCUAUUGGUUUAGAUGGGAUAGCUCAGAAGUUUAUAAAUUAACAUAAGAAGGCAAAACUUGGCAGCUUAGGCAUGACAUCAAGAAUUAAUCUAAGUUUUUAUUCUUUUCCUCUAUUGUUCACCUUAACAAUGACCUUGGUUGUUUUAUCAUAGGAGGCUCUGAUAAUGAAAAUAACUAUUCUAAAAGAGUAUAGUAUUUUUGCAAGUAUAAUGUAUUCAUCGAAAAACCACCUAUGAUAAAUAAGAGAGCAUUUUUCCCUUCGAUUUUCGCAAGACUUGACAACUCAAUUUAUGUUCUUGGAGGUAGUGACUCAAACCAGACUGAUCUUAAUAGAUGUGAAAAGUUUUCUUUGAUUGAAAAUGUCUGGAGGCCGAUAGCACCGAUGAAUUUAAGCAGAAAUGGCACAGCAGCAGUGAUUCUUGACCAUUUCAGACUCAUAUUUACCUUUGGUGGUAACAAUCAUAAAGUUGGAUCUUUAACGAAGAUUGAGAAAUAUGAGAUAGAUUUUGACAAAUGGACAUUACUUAGCAUCUCAAUGAAACAUGCUAUUCAUGAUCUUACAGCGUUUUGUGUUGGGAAAGAGAGAGUACUUAUAUUUGGAGGACACUCUAAUACAGAACCAAGCAAAGAUAUCGAAAUGAUCGACUUAAGUUUUGAAUGUUUUAAAAGUAAGAAUGGAAAGAGCUAAAAUUUUAUGAUGAAGGAGGGAGGAAAAACUUAUUUUCCACCAUUCUAUGACCAUUCCACAGGGAAGAUCUAAUUGCUGUUCGGUUAUUGUGAUACUAAUCCAAGCAUUGAAGAGCUUGAAAUUUCAGAUUUAGUAUUUACUGGAAGUCAUCUUACCUAUCACAACAAUAUCAAUUAGAUAGGCCUUUCACCAAACUCAUCAAGUCGAGCAAAUUAAAAUUUAGGCAUAAAAGGUGAGAGAAGAUCUCAUUCUUAAAAUAGAUCUAGCUAGCAACUCUUAGACAUGUGA